UAUCAUAUUAUUUCAUUUAGUCAAAACUACGUCACAAUAUUUUGUGGUGCAAGAAGAUUAAACUGGAAUCAAAUAUAAAAUAAAAUGCAUUUUCUGACUAGAAACGAUUGAUGCUUCUUCCAUGCAAAUAUCAUUCAUCAAGUAAAAGGCUGUUUGAGUCUCUGCUUUCUGGAAUCUUUUUGAGAUCUUCAUAAAACCCAAAGCAUUUUUAGGCAUUAGCAGCACAUUAAUUCACUGUGUGUGCUUGUGUAGUAAUUGUUAUUCUGGUAUUCCUGCAAGUUAAUAGAAAACUCUGACAGUCUUUGUUUGUGCUGUUCAUUUUCAUCUGAUUCAGAUGAUUCUAUCUGAUGCAGCCAUGCUCUUCAAUACCUUGUUGGUAAUCGUCCUCUCCGUGUCAGGUGUGCUGAGCCAGAGGGAAUGGAGCGUGACUUACACCCCUGAGAGAAUCUGUGCCUUAAAGGGGUCUUCAGAAGACAUGCGCUGCACUUACUCAUAUCCCCCAUGUCACACAGUGCAGAAAACAUUCUGGUUUAAUCACUGGAACAAGCCACAGGAGCCUGAGGACCUGUCCCAGGACCCAGAGUACUCUGACCGUGUGGAGUACCUGGGGGAUAAGUACAGUGACUGCACUUUUAGAAUAAACCAGCUGAGAAAAACUGAUUCCAAAACAUACCGAUUCAGGGUCCUGAUCGCCUGUGAUGAAUAUACUGGAGAACCUGGUGUCGCUUUGGAAGUCACUGAUUUACAGGUGAUGGUGAAUCCUGACACAGUGACAGAGGGACAGAGUGUGACACUGACCUGUAGCACCACCUGCACUCUGACUGGCAGCCCAGCCUUCAUCUGGUACAGGGACGGAUCUCCUCUGUCCUUCACUGGUCGGAGACACCAGUUCACAGCCAGCAGUGAAGACCGAAGCCGCUACUCCUGUGCUGUGAAAGGCUAUGAGCUUCAUUCCCCUGCAGUGGCUCUUAAUGUGAGAUAUCGUCCGAAGAGCAUCUCAGUAUCAGUGCCCCCCUCUGGUGAAAUAGUGGAGGGCAGUUCAGUGACUCUGACCUGCAGCAGUGAUGGCAACCCACCAGUGCAGAGAUACACCUGGUAUAAGAAUAAUAGAGCUGAACUCUCAUGGAGAGGAUCCAGUUACACGAUUAAAAGCAUCACACAGCAGGAUGCAGGAGAAUACUACUGUGAGGCAGGGAAUGUGAUUGGGACAGAACGAUCUCCUCCUAAACAUCUUGAUGUGCAGUAUCGUCCGAAGAGAGUCGCAGUAUCAGUGAGCUCCUCUGGUAAAAUAGUGGAUGGCAGUUCAGUGACUCUGACCUGCAGCAGCAAUGCCAACCCACCAGUGCAGAAAUACACCUGGUAUAAGAAUAAUAGAGCUGAACUCUCAUGGAGAGGAUCCAGUUACACCAUUAAAAGCAUCACACUGCAGGAUGCAGGAGAAUACUACUGUGCGGCACGGAAUGUGAUUGGGACAGAACGAUCUCCUCCUAAACAUCUUGAUGUGCAGUAUCGUCCGAAGAGAGUCGCAGUAUCAGUGAGCUCCUCUGGUAAAAUAGUGGAUGGCAGUUCAGUGACUCUGACCUGCAGCAGCAAUGCCAACCCACCAGUGCAGAAAUACACCUGGUAUAAGAAUAAUAGAGCUGAACUCUCAUGGAGAGGAUCCAGUUACACCAUUAAAAGCAUCACACUGCAGGAUGCAGGAGAAUACUACUGUGCGGCACGGAAUGUGAUUGGGACAGAACGAUCUCCUCCUAAACAUCUUGAUGUGCAGUAUCGUCCGAAGAGAGUCUCAGUAUCAGUGAGCCCCUCUGGUGAAAUAGUGGAGGGCAGUUCAGUGACUCUGACCUGCAGCAGUGAUGCCAACCCACCAGUGCAGAGAUACACCUGGUUUAAGAAUAAUGGAGCUGUAUCCUCAUUGAGAGGAUCAGACCGGAGUUAUACCAUUAAAAGCAUCACACAGCAGGAUGCAGUAGAAUACUACUGUGCGGCAGGGAAUGGGAUUGGGACAAAAACAUCUCCUCCUAAACGUCUUGAUGUGCAGUAUCUACAGGUGAUGGUGAAUCCUGGCACAGUCACAGAGGGACAGAGUGUGAGACUGACCUGUAGCACCACCUGCACUCUGACUGGCAGCCCAGCCUUCAUCUGGUACAGGGGUGGAUCUCCUCUGUCCUUCACUGAUCAGAGUCACCAGUUCACAGCCAGCAGUGAAGACCGAGGCCGCUACACCUGUGCUGUGAAAGGCUAUGAGCUUCGGUCCCCUGCAGUGGCUCUUAAUGUGAGAUAUCCUCCGAAGAGCGUCUCAGUAUCAGUGAGCUCCUCUGGUGAAAUAGUGGAGGGCAGUUCAGUGACUCUGACCUGCAGCAGCGCUGCCAACCCACCAGUGCAGAGAUACGCCUGGUAUAAGAAUAACAGAGCUGAAUCCUCGUGGAGAGAAUCCAGUAACACCAUUAAAAGCAUCACACUGCAGGAUGCAGGAGAAUACACCUGUCAGACAGAGAAUGUGAUUGGGACAAACAUCUCUCCUCCUAAACGUCUUAAUGUGCAGUAUUCUCCCAAAAUCACCUCAGUAUCAGUGAGCCCCUCUGGUGAAAUAGUGGAGGGCAGGUCAGUGACUCUGACCUGCAGCAGUGAUGCCGACCCACCAGUGCAGAGAUACACCUGGUUAAAGAAGACUGGAUCUGUAUUCUUGAGGAGAGGAACAGAACGGAGUUACAUUAUUAAAAACAUCACACUGCAGGAUGUAGGAGAAUACUACUGUGAGGCAGAGAAUGCGAUUGGGACAAAAAGAUCUCCUCCUAAACGCCUCGAUGUCCAGUAUGCUCCCAAGAACACAAGUGCCAUCCUGGAGCAGAGCACAGCAAUACUGCUUGGCUCAGAACACUCAUGGAGCUCAGACCUCUACUUCUGUGUCAGACAAUAUAAAAGCAGGAGAUACGACAGUGCUCGUAUGGACAGUUGUUGGAAUCUCUGUGGCUUUUGCACUCUUUACUGUCAUGGUGUGCACAAGCAGGAAGAAGAGCACCAACAGAGAGAGAGGAGAGCAGACGCUCUCGUACUGUAAGUAACAAGUUUCCACCUGGAUAUUCUCACUAUUAUAACCGUACCAGCCGUUCAGAAAAGCAAAGGCCAGUUCUGUGUACA